CGGGGCGGGAUCGGGGUUCGUGGGGCCAUCGCUCCUCUACGGCUGGCGGGAACGGGCCUCAGUUUCCUCCGGGAGAGGAGCGUGGCACCCACAUGCGGGACCCCAGGCCCUCCGGUGCGGCUCGGCUGCAGAGCCCCAGCACAGGAUGUUCGUGCUGGUGGAGAUGGUGGACACCGUGCGCAUACCCCCGUGGCAGUUUGAGCGGAAACUCAACGACUCCAUUGCUGAGGAGCUGAACAAGAAAUUGGCCAACAAGGUCGUAUACAACGUGGGACUCUGCAUCUGCCUGUUUGAUAUCACCAAGCUGGAGGAUGCCUAUGUAUUCCCAGGGGAUGGAGCAUCGCACACCAAAGUCCAUUUCCGCUACGUGGUGUUCCACCCUUUCCUGGAUGAGAUUCUCAUUGGGAAGAUCAAAGGCUGCAGCCCAGAGGGCGUGCAUGUCUCUUUAGGGUUCUUUGAAGACAUUCUCAUCCCCCCUGAGUCACUGCAGCAGCCUGCCAAGUUUGAUGAAACAGAACAAGUAUGGGUGUGGGAGUAUGAGACGGAGGAAGGCGCUCAUGACCUGUACAUGGACACUGGGGAGGAGAUCCGCUUCAGGGUGGUGGAUGAGAGCUUUGUGGACACAUCCCCCUCAGGACCCAGCUCGGCUGAGGCUGCCUCUUCAAGUGAGGAGCUGCCAAAGAAGGAUGCACCGUAUACACUUGUGGGAUCGAUCAGUGAGCCAGGCCUGGGCCUUCUCUCCUGGUGGACCAGCAACUAGCCUUGGAGUUGAGUGACUGCCCAGAGCCAGGCUUGGUGGGACCAGGAGCAGAGUGACAGUUGCUUGUCCUCUCCCUCCCCAGCACUGCUUCUCCGGUCUGGAGCCACCCUGAAUCGUUUCCAGAGUGUCAUGGAUCCAGGUUGGCUUCUCACUUGCUGUAUAGCAUAGAAUAACCUGGAGUUUCUGAUGCCCUGGCUUCUCCCUCUUGAGUGCUGGACUACAGGUGUGCAGUACCACACUGAGCCUCUGUGGAAGGCAGAGAUGGGUCCAGGGCUUGUGCACACCAUGCAAGCAUUCUACCAGCUGAGCUGCUUCCCCAGCUCAAGGACUGAUUUAUUUUGAUAUAAUUUCUUCAGGGCUGAGGAUGGAACCUGGGGCCUCUUUCAUGUUAUGCAGGUAUUGUACUCCUGAGAUGGGCCCAGUCUAUCCUAUGAACUUCUGGCUUUCAGUGACAGAAACACUUAAUACUGAUGGCAGCAGCAGGAACCUCCCCGUUUCAAUAGCUGACGUCACGCUCUAAGGUCACUGAAUUGUCAAUCUGGGAUAGCAUGUCCUGCUGCACCUUAGAGACGACCCUUCCCAAGCCCACAGGUGGUGGUCUUUGUGUAUGAAGCAGACUGGCUACUGAGCUCAGUGGCUCUGUAAUAAAGGUAGAGGUCACUCUGGGCAGGUGUUUUGGGUCAGUGCUGUCAGUUGCUGAUGAAGUUAGAACACUGAGCAACAGCAUUACUUCACAAAAUCUGGAAGGCAGAGCCUCCAAAAUAGGCCGUCAGGGAGAGGUUUGGCUUACCUCACAGGAGGCCUGGGGCUGCUGCUGCCUCUACUGUGACCAUGAGUGCCCUGUGGGGCUAGAGUGGCCCGGGUCCACAGGUGACUGUCUAGUCCUGCUGUUGCUUUCUCACAGGCACUUGUGUGAUAAAUACUCUUCUGUGACAAACCUCCAUGGCCUGCCUGGGCCUUUCCAUGUGAGAGUUAGCUGAUGCAGCCUAAUGAAGAGAGCCUGUCCUGUCACAACUCUGCUGCAAAGGCGGGGCAGACAGCAUGCAGCAUUUA